AUGUCGUACUACUCUCGUCGAAACCGCGACGCUCAGGCAGCUCCUCCCGCCGCGGCCUCCAAAAAGGUGCCCAUUGAAAAGAGCCAGCAGCUGCUCAAAUCUCUGCUCCGAGAAUCCGACAACAAGGUCUGCGCAGACUGCAAAACUGCCACCCAUCCUCGAUGGGCAAGCUGGAACCUCGGGUGCUUCAUUUGCAUCAGAUGUUCCGGAAUCCACAGAGGAAUGGGAACUCACAUUUCCAGAGUGAAAUCCGUUGAUCUCGAUGCGUGGACAGAGGAACAGCUCGCAAGCAUGAUGAAGUGGGGAAACACCCGGUGCAACAUGUUCUGGGAGGCCAAGCUCCCCAAGGGCCACGUCCCUGACGACAACAAGAUUGAGAAUUUCAUUCGAACCAAAUACGACAUGAAGAAGUGGGCCGCAUCCACCACAGUGCCCGACCCCGAUACCCUUGGUGGAGCUAGCCAUGCUGCUGCCCCCGUGCAGGCACCCCCUAAGGACACUAAAAUUGCAGGACCCCCUCAGGUCACCAAGAAGGCUCCUGCCACUCAGCAAUCGUCGCUCAUUGGACUUGAUUUCGACGAGCCCCAGCAGCACCAGCACAAGCCCGCUCAACUACAGCAGCCGCAGCAGACCCAGAAGAAUGACGACUUCCUUUCUUUUGCCCAGUCACCCCCUCAGACACAACAGCAGUCUCCCCAGCAGCAUCAGCAGAGCCCUCCUCAGCAACAGUUCCAGGCGCAACAGCCCUUCCCAUCGGCUUCUGCCCCUGACAGCUCGCGACCUGACCUGAAGAAGUCCAUUCUGUCGCUCUAUGCCAACUCACGACAGGCACCCGUGGUUCAACAGCAGCAGCAGCAGCAGCAGUUUCAACAGCAGCAGUUCCAAGCUCAGCAGCAAUUCCAACAGCAGCAACCACAGUUCCAGCAGCAACAGGGAGGGGACUUUGGAGGUUUUGGAAACAUGCAGCAACAGACCAACAGCGGUUUUGGGAACAUGCAACAGGCUAACAGCGGAUUUGGCGGGUUUGGUGGAGCUCCUCAGCAGCAGAACAACGCUCACAACGACUGGGCCGAUGCCGCCGCUCCCAAGAAGCAGGAGGAUGACGUUUUUGCCAACGUCUGGAAAUAA